AAUCAAACAGCAUUGUGUGCGUGUGUGUGUGUGGAGCCGUGUGCAGGUGGACCGUCGAUCUAUACCGUGCAGUAAAUUGACCAGUUAAAGCCUGUACUGGUGUCAGAUGCUGGAAGUAAUCUGACCGUCUGUGUUUGACCAACAUGGAGGACAAAUACGUGUCCAAACUGUCACCUGCUGUUGAUUUCUGGGCAGGGACGUAUCUGAUAAUAAUCGCCGUCCUGUCCAUCUUCGGGAACACGGCGAUCCUGGUCAGCGCCGCCCGCCGCUCCGGCCCGCUCAAAGCUCCCGAGCUGCUGACGGUGAACCUGGCGGUGACGGACCUGGGCAUGGCCCUCAGCAUGUACCCUCUGUCCAUCGCCUCGGCGUUCAACCACGCCUGGAUCGGCGGCGACGCGUCUUGUCUCUACUACAGCCUGAUGGGGAUGAUCUUCAGCAUCACCAGCAUCGUGACGCUGGCCGUGAUGGGGAUGGUCAGGUACCUGGUGACAGGAAAUCCACCGAGGAGAGGUCUCCGGCUCCAGAGGAAAACCGUCAGCAUGGUGAUCGGCGCGGUCUGGCUGUACUCCGGCCUGUGGGCCCUGUUUCCCCUGCUGGGCUGGGGCAGCUACGGCCCGGAGCCCUUCGGACUGGCCUGCUCGAUAGACUGGAGCAGCUACGGGGAGUCCCUGAACCGCUCCACCUUCAUCAUGACCCUGUCCGUGCUCUGCACCUUCCUCCCCUGCCUCGUCAUCUUCUUCACCUACUUCGGCAUCGCGUGGAAGCUGCGCAGGGCCUACCAGUCCAUCCGGAGCAGCGAUUUUCAGCACGGGAAGGUGGAGCAGAAAAUCACUCUGAUGGCUGCGAUGAUCAGCUCGGGGUUCCUUUUCUCGUGGACCCCCUACGUGGCCGUCAGCCUCUGGAGCAUGUUCCGCUCCCGGGAGCACAUCCCUCCGCUGGUCGCCCUGUUGCCGUGCCUCUUCGCCAAGAGCUCCACCGUGUACAACCCCUUCAUAUACUUCAUCUUCCAGCGGAGCUCCUGGCGGGAGCUGCUCCGCCUCCACAGACACCUGCUUUGUUGUUGGCAUCGGGCCAGCCCGCCGGCGGAAGGGCGGAGGCUCCGAGGCGAAGUGGCCAAAGCUUCUGACUGCACCGUUUUGGAGAGCGGGGCCGACGGAGCCAGCGGGGGUCAGAGGGCGGCUCCUGGGGGGGAGCCUGUGAGUCAGAUGAUGCCUUUGGGUUAGUACAUGUAAUGAAGUCAAAUGCUACGUGUCAAACUAUUUCUUGGGCGUGACAUCUGUUUCCCCCCGUUUCCAGUCUCGGCACUUAUUCAAGCUAAGCUAAGCUAAGCUAAGCUACGAACGUGUUUUGAAUCUUCUCGUUGGUACGUGGCGGAUGAGAUCGAAACAGUUUUUUUUUUGUAAGUUCAAGCCGCGAGGUCAACGCGGGUGGAGCCAGAACGUGUGUAUUUGACUCCAGACAUCUGCAUCAGAGACCCUAACAUGUCAUCGAUUGCACGCGCGUCCUUCCCUCGGCCUCUCGUCUGUCUCUGAUGAACUCCGGUGAACUCGGCGAUGAAGGUUCCUCCUCGUGGCUCGUGUCCACCCGGCGGAGCAGCACCUGUACUUGAUUGACGUGAAAUAAAUGAAUAAAAAGGUU